AUGCAACAUUCCAAGGAACGUCACAAUACAGCACGACUCGGGAAAAAGAACUGCACAGAAUGUCGCCGUAGAAAAGUGAGCUGUGUAUUUGACGACCAAAGAAGGUGUCGCCAAUGUUUGACUCACUCGCUGCUUUGUGAGUCACAACAAGUGCCUCCAUCUGAGCAAUCUUCCCAUGACAAGGAUCGAAUAAUACAAGAGCUGAACCAGUUUGUCACUCAAGUCGAGUCGCGCAUGGUGGAAAUGCAAGAAUCCAUCAGAGUCUUGACGAGUCAACUCGACAAAUGCAACGUUGCUGGCUCUGCUGACAAGAGCCCUCAUCAGCAAGAGGUCCAUAUACCAGAGAACUCACAACUACAAAUCCCCAAAGAGACUCUAGCAAAUGAACGGUCCCAGACUCCCAUGUCGCAGUUGGAGUUAAUCCCAGGCGAUAUCAUUCCGAAUUCACAAACUCUCGAGAAAAUCCUGGACUACUCUGAUCAACUACUUCAGUCUUUGAUGUUAUGGCCUUUUGCAAUAAUUCACAAUGAUCAAGAGGAUAGGGGAAUCUUUUGCAACCGCGAUAAGAUAUUCGAUGCAUUAAAGUCCCGAGACAUUGGACUGGCAUCUAAAUGCCUUAUCUGGACAUCUCUUCUCCUCUCACAAUUGCCCAAAGACUUUAAAGACGCCGAGACGGGCUUACCUCUGUGUCCCGAGAAGUUUAUCGACCGAAUUCUUACGCAGGUGUCAAUAUUGUACCUUGCAGACUGCACACCAGCCUGCAGUAUCGACUCAAUUGAAGCACUGGUUCUUCAGUACGAGUUGUUCGUCGCUAUUGGCCGCCCUAGUACAGCAUGGAAAUGCAUCAGAGCCGGCAUUGAGAAUGCUCUGUUACUAGGCCUUCAUCUUCGUCCGAGUCUGUUGUGGGAUGCUCUGUGGAUUCGCGAUCGUCAAAUGUCUCUCAUCAUAGGGUUGCCUUAUGGCACUCUCAACAUGGAUGUUCAAACAACCGAGCUUGACACUCUGAGAAAAAUCGGCCUGGUAUCAGGAUUUAUUAGUGAUAGGGACAGGCUGCGCCAAGACACACCUUUCAGUAUAAUGCAAAGCAUCGUCGAGGGGAUGAAAGAACUCAAAAUCAUGAUUCCGGAUGAAUGGGCAGAAGCUGACUUGAACUUGGCAUUCUCACCUAUCGAACAUGCCAUAAUGAGGCUCUACAAACAUAAACUCAACAUCAUGAUACAUCUGCCUUAUUCUCAAUUUGCAGGCUACGAUAAACAAUUUGAGUACACCCGGGUCGAGGUUUUGGAGUCGGCCGAAGGAGCACUUGAUGCUCACGGGGAUAUCCGGAGUUUGCAAGAGAAGCCAUUGCGGUGUGAUUUAUACGAUUUUCUUGCAUUCAACGCUGCUCUUGUACUCUUUGUAGACCUGGUAGCCAAAGAGACUCCAAGAACAAUCGAAGAGGAAGAUCAUAUCUGGACUGUCAUCAUGAAGUUUGUGAGCAGACUACGGAAGACGGGUGAGGUUUUGGGGGAACAGGCAGCCGAUGUACUCGAUGACUUGUAUGCUGCAUACAAAGACGAGACGGGGAAGGAGUUGAUUGAUGACUGGACCGAGAUAGAUUCAUCUGGGACUUAUGGAUGGAGGGGUAUGCUGGCUUCGAUGGAGGCGGGUGGUAUGGAUGGAAUGGCGACCACUAUGCUUGAUGCAUCUCGAUUCCGCUGA